GGGACCGCCCCAGCACAGCAGGGCUGUGGCUGUUUUUUAAGGGAAAACGCCAAUCUGGUCACAUGACCUCGGGUGUGACUUUACUUUCGCUUUCCAUCUCGGCUAAUGCUGCAGGAUGAUUGCAAAGAGCGAGGAAAAGCUGAGAGCUGCAGCUAUGUGGUAGCCAGGGAAGUAGCCCUGCAAUGUGAUAAACUGAAAUAGUCACAAUGUAAAUCAUCGCAGCAAAACGUGUGGAGUCUGAUCACACCCUGAGAUCGGUCCUUCUGAGCAGUUUUUUACAAUCAGAUCAUCUCCUACUGUGUGAACAGUCAUUGGAGGGGAGAUUUCCCGAGGAAAUCUAUCCGACUAAAGUAACAGUGCGAUGAAAGUUCUCUCAAUCUGCCACAGCUCCAGAGCCAGAUCCCCUCUACUUGAUUUUAUCAUUUUCUUCAUUACGUUUUAUGUUCACAAGCUGGAAUCAGCCCGUUUCACAGUGAUUGGACCUGAUCACCCUGUCACCGCCAUCAUGGGAGAGGACAUUAUUUUACCCUGUCACCUGUCCCCCAAGAUGAGUGCUGAGAACAUGGAAGUGAGAUGGUUCCGAUCUGAGUUCACUUCAUUUGUGCACCUGUAUCAGCAUGGGCAGGAUCAGUAUGGGCAGCAGAUGCCAGAAUAUCAUGGAAGGACAGAGCUUUUGAAAGCUGGCAUCGUGGAUGGGAAUGUUGCCUUGGGAAUUGUCAAUAUCAGACUUUCUGAUGAGGGACAGUACCGCUGUUUUGUUCAAGAUGGUGUCUUUUAUGAAGAAGCUGUAUUGGAACUGAAAGUAGCAGCUUCAGGCUCUGCACCUCACAUCUCUGUUGAGGGUCACCAGGAUGGAGGGAUCCGAGUGGUGUGUCAGUCGGCCAGAUGGUACCCGGAGCCCGAGGUGCUGUGGAGAAAUCUCAAAGGGCAGCCUUUGUCUGCAUCAACUAAAACCAAAUCUGAAGAGGAACGCAGUCUUUUUGAAAUAAGAAAUUCUAUCAUUAUAACAGAAAAUUCAAACAAGAAUUUGUCCUGUGCUAUAAGGAACACCCACCUGAACCAAGAAAAAGAAUCGGUAACAUUUUAUAUAUCAGAUUCUUUUUUCCCAAGAGUAUCUCCCUGGAUGGUGGGUUGGAGUGUGACUUUGGUGAUUUUGUUGGUGUUCAUCGGCCUUACUCUUUUUCUGUUCAAAUUAAAAGGAAAACAUCUCAGCAUUAUCAGUAAACUUCAAACAGAGCUAGAGUGGAGGAGAUCCCUGGGUGAUGCAGCAAAUGUGACUCUGGAUCCAGACACGGCUCAUCCAGAACUCUUCCUGUCUGAGGAUCGGAAAAGCGUGAGAUGGGCAGACACAUGGCAGGAUCUGCCCGACAAUGACAAUCCGGAGAGAUUUGACAUUAAGGGCUGUGUGCUGGGCUGUGAGGGGUUCACCUCAGGGAGACAUUACUGGGAGGUGGAGGUGGGAGUUGGGCUACUUUGGGCUGUGGGGGUGGCCAGAGAGUCUGUAAGGAGGAAGGGAGGGAUCAGCCUUAGCCCUGAGGAGGGGAUCUGGGCUGUGGAUCAGAGGCAGGGCCAGUACCAGGCUCUCACCGCCCCUACAACCCGCCUGCUCCUGAGCCGGGCCCCCAGCAGGAUCCGGGUUUGUCUGGACUGUGAACGGGGGCAGGUGACAUUUACCGAUGCUGGUAACGAGGCCCCGAUCUUCACUUUCCCGCCAGGCUCCGUCCCUGGGGAGAGAAUCCGACCCUGGCUCUGGCUGGGGAUGGAAAGCCAGCUCAAACUGUGUCCCUACAUUCUGCUAUCUGCACUGGAGACAAAAACAGGGGACCCCUCGGAGCGCACAGAGAGGAACGUGACUCGGAUCCAGACACGGCUCAUCCCCAACUCAUCCUGUCUGGGGAUCGGAAAAGUGCUGAAAUGUUCCAUGUCGAGUGUCUGCCUCUGGCUGAACUUUUUGGAAAGUUUGUGUGAAAUGGAAGCUGUUGGAUGCGUCCUUCAUAUCAAAUUCCCUCUUUCCUCUGAGCUACUAUUUGUUGUUGUUGUCCUGGUGCCUUUUCCAGCAAAGUUCACAGUGAUUGGACCCCGUGAUCCUGUCACUGCUGUCCUGGGUCAGGAAGCUGUGUUACCCUGUCUCUUGUCCCCCCAAAUGAGCGCUGCAAACAUGGAGGUGAGAUGGUUCCGAUCUGAGUUUGCAUCCUUUGUGCACCUGUAUCGUGGUGGGAAGGAUCAGUAUGAUGGGCAGAUGCCAGAGUAUUGGAGAAGGACAGAGCUUUUGAAAGCCGGACUCACAGAUGGAAAUGUUCCCUUGAGGAUCCCCAAUAUCAGACUCUCCGAUGAAGGACAAUACCACUGCUUUGUUCAAGAAGAUACUUUUUAUGAAGAAACAGUAUUGGAACUGCGAGUAGCAGGUCUGGGCUCUGCUCCUCUCAUCUCUGUUGAGGGUCACCAGGAUGGAGGGAUCCGAGUGGUUUGUCGAUCAGCUGGUUGGUACCCAGAGCCUGUGGUGCUGUGGAAAGAUCUCAAUGGACGACAUUUACCAUCACUCUAUGAAACAACAUCCAGAGUGGAUAACAACCUGUUUGAAACAGAAACUGCAAUCAUUAUAACAGAACAGUCAAACCAAAACUUGUCCUGUUGCUUCAGGAAUGCCAUUCUCAAUCAAGAAAAGGAAUCAGCAGUGUACAUAGCAGAUCCAUUUUUCCCAAGGGUGAAUUCCUGGAUGGUGGCUCUCAGUGUGAUCCUGGUGAUUUUGUUUGGUUUCAUUGGCCUCACUGUUUAUCUCUUUAAAAUGAAAGGGAAACUUACAGAAGAAGUUGGCAAACGAGACAUAGAAAUUGGCAAACUCCAUACAGAAAUUGACAAACGAGAUAACGAAAUAAGGUGGAGAAGAUCUGUGGCACCUAUAGAAGAAGUGAAUGUGACUCUGGAUCCAGGCACAGCUCAUCCCCACCUCGUCCUCUCUGAGGAUCGGAAAAGUGUGAGAUGGGGAGACAUGUGGCAGCAUCAGUCCAACAACCCUGAGAGAUUUGACACUAUGUUCUGUGUGCUGGGCUCUGAGGGAUUCACCUCAGGGAGACAUGGCUGGGAGGUGGAGGUGGGGAAUGCGACAUUUUGGGCUGUGGGGGUGGCCAAAGAGUCUGUGGGGAGGAAAGGAUGGAUCAACCGUAGCCCAGAGGAGGGGAUCUGGGCUGUGGAGUGGUGGUGGGGUCAGUUCCGGGCUCUCACCAACCCUGUGACCCUCCUGCCCCUGAGCCGGGCCCCCAACAGGAUCCGAGUUUGUCUGGACUGUGAGCGGGGCCAGGUGACAUUUAUCAAUGCUGGUGAUGACACCCAGAUCUGCACUUUCCCACCGGGCUCCGUCCCUUGGAAGAGAAUCCGACCCUGGUUCUGGGUCUUGGGACCCCAGCUCAGACUGUGUCCGUGAUACUGGGGACCCUGAAAUUAGCAUCUUUACCCUCACACACCCCAGUCUCUAUGACUCUGGAGGACUCUUAUCUAUCCAGCCUCUGGCGCCUCAUCUCUGUGACCCCUGGAAGCUCCUUCCCCUCCCUGCAUCCCCAGGGAUAGGAGAGGGAGGGUGAAGAAACCCUGUAGCUGCAGGAGGGGCAGAGAGGCCCUGAA